CUUGGCAAAGAAUUCAGGAGAAAGUCACUUAGCUGCGUGCAAAAAGAACAGCAAUUCCUUCUACAGCAAAAAGGAGUUUAUUGUCCUGCUUUGUCUAUAAUUUGUUUUUGCCGUUCAUCAUGAAUUCAUUUAUCCUUUUUGCUUUGAUUUCUGUUAUGCCUUCCCCUUCAAAAUGCAGUCAAAUCUUCGACUUCAAGACAAGUUUAUUUAAAACCGGCGACAUCUUGUUGCAAGGUUUAUUCCCGAUAACGUACAAAGACCAUACUCAAGACACAUGCACCAAAAUUUAUAAGGAUGGGAUUAUGUGGUCAAUGGCGAUGGUUUAUGCCGUGGAAUCGAUAAACAAUCAGUCCUCCUUUCUUCCCAAUAACACACUGGGUUACAAGAUCGAUAACACUUGCUAUAAUAUACCAUCCGCCAUGAGCAACGCUAUCGAAAUUGUCGCAAAAUACCGACCAAAUUCGGUCUGUUAUCCACAGAGUGAUUACUGCCACAGCGGAGAUGGCUUAAAGAGUUACGGUAAGAUAACAGCAGUGAUUGGACCGGCUUUAUCAUGGAUUGCUAUCCCAAUUGCAAGCCUUCUUGGACUAUAUGACAUUCCCCAAAUAAGCUACGCUGCAACAAGCCGAAUAUUAAGCGAUAAAACGCGUUACAAGUCAUUCUUAAGAACAGUUCCUUCAGACGAGUACCAAGCCAAAGCCAUGGCUGACUUUGUGCGACAUUUUGAGUGGAACUUUGUGUUUCUUAUCGCUAGUGAUGAUGAUUAUGGUAAAAUGGGCGCAGCGACGUUUAAGAAGACGGCAAUGAGUUUAAAUGUUUGCAUUGCACACGAUGAAUACAUUCCUUUUAAUUCUGAUAUGGCCAAAGAAUAUAUUUAUAACGCUUUAGUCACGUUUAAGAACUCGGAAAGAGCCAAGGUAGUUAUUGUUUUUAGCUAUGCCGAACAGGGAGAGCUUCUGCUACAGACUGCCCACAAACUCAACAUCACUAAUCGUACGUGGAUCACAAGCGACGCUUGGAGCUCAACGGUAACCAAGUUUAAUGUCAGUAAAUCUAUGCUCGAGGGAGUUUUCACGUUUUCAAUUCGUUCAAAGAAAGUAAACAGGUUUAUUGAGUACAUAAAUAACUUGCAGAUACGAGAUGUUAAACAUAUCCCAUGGUUCAUAGCGUACAUGGAGCAGGUACUAGACUGUACUUCUAGUAACCAUAGCAACGGCAAGAGGACGUGUAGUCCUACAGAGACCUUACCAUCAGGACAUACUAUCAACACUGAAGCAAUCGCUAAUGUCAUCGACGCUGUAAAUGCCACAGCGCAUGCGUUAAUGACAAUGCUGUCAUGCGCACAAGGAGUUGGUUGCCGGCACCUAAACGACUUUAGCCCCCAAGAAUUAUUACAGUAUAUAAAGAAUACAAGUUUCCAAGGUACAGACCACGCUAGCGUAGAAUUCAACGUUAAUGGAGAUAGAACAUUUAGUGGAUAUACAAUCAGAAAUGUGCAGGUACAGGGAAAUGGCGUUGGAUAUGUUGAUGUGGGAUUUUAUUUUUGGUCGCAGCUAACGAACCAAAAACCGAACUUUGAAAUCAAUACUUCUUUGAUUAAGUGGAGCGGAGGGAAUCGACCCCUGUCCAACUGCUUUCGCGUUUGCAAGCCGGGUGAGAGAGUCGUUGGCCAAUCAGAAUGCUGUUGGAAUUGCCAGAAAUGUGAGAAAGGGUCGUAUAGUUCUGUAGCUGGGGCGUUGUCUUGCACGAAAUGUAACGACACACACUAUGCUAACGAGGAAAGGACAGCCUGUUUAGUAAGAGCUAUAGUUCACCUUAACCUCUCGACACCUGAAGCAAUAUCUAUUCUCACAAUCAGCAUGAUAGGGGUUCUUAUAAACAUGAUUAUCAUUGGCAUAUUCAUAAGGUAUCGCAGCACGCCCGUCGUGAUUGGCUCAACACUCUUCCAUACUGUACUGUUCUUUACAAUAUUGUAUUUGUCGUUCAUGGUCACGAUUAUGUUUAUCGUUAGAAAGCCGUCGAACAAACUUUGCAGUGGUGUGGAAUCUCUACAUGAACUACUUAUCAUGCUGUAUCCUGCAUUCUUGUUUUCUAAAACGCGAGCCGUCAAUAAAAAGAUUCGGUCAGCAGUGACCCGUCUACAAGGCAUGCGCCAAGACUGGAGUCAGGUUUUGUUGGUGGGUUGUCUAGUUGUAUUGCAGUUGAUUCUGAUAACAGUACGACAAUGCGCCAGUCCUUCAGUGGUUCAUUUCUUGAACCAAGAGGAUGGCACACGCCUACUGGAAUGUAAACAAUUUUUUCCUAUCUCCCGUAUACUCGCCAUAGCAUUCCCAUGUGCUGUUCUUAUCAUUGCAACAUUCAUAUCCUUCAAGGAAAGAAAUCAGCCAGAGAAUUUCAACGAGGCCAAGUUCAUCAGUUUCACUACAAUCCUGCUUGGUAUUAUUCUCAUCGCGUUCAUCCCCACCUAUCGUUAUGUCACAGGAAUAAGUCGAAUCCUCGUCGUGACGUUCACCUUUUUUAUCACCGCUUUCUCCUGCAUGGGUUGUCUUUUUCUCCCCAAACUUUAUAUCAUACUGCUUCACCCUGAACGAAACGUCCUCUCGAAUAGUGAUCCUAACGACGAAGCACAGACAUCCACAACGCCCGAGCCACACAACGUCUCCGCGAGAACGUCCGUCACAGACGACUUAUCGCCAGACCUGAACGACAAUCCACAACCGUCACGUUUCCUCAAUGUGAACAACGAAAAGAAAGGAGCUCGAGUAAUAUCCUUCUCAAACCACGGGUUAGCGUCGGAUGAUUCCUUGCGCGACGCCGUGAAGGAUUCAACAAAUAACGUGACAUCUAAUGGGAGAAAGAGGUCACGCACGUCUCCCGGGGCGCAGGUUACCUUUGAGUUGUCUACUGUAGCAGAAACGAGUGAGGAUGGGAGCCCAUGGUCGCCCGCAUUGGAACGGCACGUGAAUGAGGAGUAUAAGGAAAAUACGCACCAACUUGAUUGUCCUCAGAUAACCAAGAAUACACCUAGAGCAUUUACAGUUAUCUAAGUGUCCCUCUACAUGAUGACCGUGUUGUUAGAGAUUAGUCUUUUGUCAUCAAAUCGAGAUUCAUGACUCCGACUACCCUUAGUUACUGUUGCCAUGUCCCACAAGCUCAACACAAAUUAGCUAGAAUAUCUCAGAAUUGAAAAUUCUGAUCGCAGGAAAAUUGCCCUUAUAAAUUGUUUAAACUGUUUGUCUUGUGAAGACAGAAUAAAAAAUUGCCUCGUAAUCCUCGAAGUACUUUUUAAAACAGAUGCUGUGUGUUUGUUCGUGGGACAAGAUUUUAAAUUCCGUUGGGAAAACUACUGCGACGGUGAUUGGUUCGCUAUCGUCUGAGGAGGAACCAUGGAGAACCCCGAGAAACACUCUCGAAUCAAGGAAAAGACCUAACAAACUCUACUCACUUGUGAUAACAAGUCCAGGAAUCGAACUCGAGGCCCCUGAGGUAAAGAGGCGAGUGUAUUUCCGGUACACCACACUUGAUUACUAAACAAAUCAAACGGACGUGAAGCAAAUAUAAUCCUCUCCCACCUUCAGGUGUUAAUGCCCACGUAGAAAACGAGAAAUAAUAAUAUAAUAUAUAAUAUAAAAAUAAUAUAAUAAUGGUAAACAUAUGCUAUUUAACC